UUGCGCUUGGUCGAGGGGAAGUCAGUCACGCGAGACAAAGAACUUUUCUGUACUCUGAAGAAGCGAAAGAAGACAGAGUAAACUGUAGCUAACGUUGAUUUUUUUAGUUGUUUUUCUCAUUUUUAAUCGCGCUUCGCUUAAAUUUAGGUAACGUUAGGACAAACGACACAUAGCAGACACAUACGAGAGUCAUGGUUGUAAGAUGCUGGCUCAUAUAUUUAAUUCUACAUCUGAUAGACAAAGGGUCUCUGCAGGACCCACUUGAAAUUGAGGGUGUUGUUGGAGAUUCUGUCAUCUUGCCAUGUUCAUACAAUGCAAGAGUGCUAAACCCAGAUGAAAGGAAUGCAUUUUGGAGAUACAAUACACACAAGAAUGUUUAUGAUAUUGAAAAUGACAGACCCGUAACAGAAGACCAGGAUGCAGUGUUCAAAGAUCGAAUAGAAAGUUUUCCCUCAGAGUAUAAAAAUGGAAACUUCUCCAUCAGACUCAACCAUCUGAAUUUCACUGAUCAAGGGGAUUUCCUUUGCUCUAUCACAGAAGUGCAAAAGAAAUUCAAUCGAAGGUUGACAGUCAGAGCUUCACCAUCUACUUUGUCUCCUCCAAAACCAACGACUCAUUCAAGAAGCUCUUCCAUGAAAACACAGCCGGAUGGGAUUGUAACUUUCCUUAAUGCUGUUUUGGAAGUUUUUGUUUUGCACUAUUUUGGAGUAUUUUACUAGAAUAUUGUAUUUCUAAACUGUGUCUCACACUGUGCCUUUUCUUUAACGUAUACUCACAAUUGUUUGUUUCUGCGGCCAACAAGAAUUGACCCUACUGGUAAGCCCAACCCAGUCUAAGUAUAGUUACUGUUGCUCACUCGGACAAAGAAACAGAGUUGCUCACUUACAAAUGUUACAAAUGUAUCUGGUAUAUGCAUGUAUUGUUUGUAUGUUUCACUAUUGUAGUAGCCUAGUUCAAAUUCUUUAUUUGUAUUAGUUAGACUAUCAGUGCUUUCUUUUCAGGGUAUAUGAGUGUAUCUCUGCUUUAACCUGUUAACCUGACCCCCCAUUAUGGGACUCACAGCUGAAAGUGCUCUACCUAACUUAUAUUUGUAAUAGUUUCCUACUUCAGUGUGUUAUAAACAUAAUUGUGGUGUCUUUAGAAAGAAGACCCUUUGGGCUUCACUUUUUAUCAACCAGAUUUGAUAAUGCUCAAGAUUUGAUAUAAAUAUUUUUUUAUUUGAUAUAAAAAUACAUGAAAUGAGUCCUGGAGCAAUCUAGAAAAUUAAUGGGUUGAAAGCCACAUGUCUAAUGAGUUUCUAUUUCAAAUCUGAAUAAACUAUCAUGAAAAA